GUCGACUGCCUCCUUGGUCGACCGGAUUACGAAGGGCUAGUCGACUGGCUCAAAUAGACCAGAUAUUCUCAAUCUGACCUGUCGGGCUUGUUCACCUUCCUCCUUGAGUGAAUCCACCUACUCAAGUCUCGAUACUCUCAUACCAUAGUCAAUAUACUUGUUCGGUCAUUCGAUCCUAUUCAGAAGAUGUCUUCCACAAUCGAGCCUAGAGAUCUCACAGAGAUUCAUGACACCAAUACCUAUGGAUACGUGCCAGAGGAUGAGGAAAAAAAGAGACAUCUAGAUCAUAGCCCCGAAGAAGAGGAUCCCUUUGGAAACGAGGAGUUUGCGGAGGUGAAAUAUCGUACGCUGGGUUGGUGGCAGUGUGGAAUACUCAUGGUCGCCGAGAAUGUCUCCAUAGGAAUCCUAUCCCUUCCAUCCGCUUUUGCAACGCUAGGUUUUGUCCCAUCGAUCAUCUUGCUCUGUGGAAUAUCUGGUAUCUCAUGGUACACUGCCUACGUGAUUUGUCAGUUCAAACUACGAUACCCGCAUAUUCAUAGCAUGGGCGACGCCGGUGAGGUUAUUAUGGGUCGAUUCGGACGUGAACUGCUUGGUAUUGGCCAACUACUUUUCUUGAUAUUUGUCAUGGCUAGCCAUGUAUUGACCUUUACGGUCCUGAUGAACACUAUCACCGACCAUGGCACCUGUACAAUUGUCUUUGGUGUCAUCGCGUUGGUGGUCAGUUGCAUUGGAGCCCUACCACGCACGAUGGGCAACGUAUACUGGAUGUCUUUUGCAUCUUUUCUCAGCAUCGUGGCAGCCACGGUAGCCACAAUGAUCGCGGUGGGUGUGGAGUAUAAGGGCUCAAUUCCCCUUGCUGUGACAACCCAUCUCAGCUUUAACAAAGAAUUCUUGGCCGUCAGCAACCUCUUCUUUGCAUAUGUGGGACAUGCCUCCUUCUUCGGGUUCAUUUCCGAGAUGGACAAACCGCGAGACUUCACUAAGUCUAUCUCGGUGCUCCAAGUAAUCGACACAUCACUAUACAUAGCCAGUGCGGUAGUGAUCUAUCGCUUUGUUGGUCAGGACGUCCAGUCGCCCGCCCUGGGCUCUGCAGGUCACCUCAUGAAGAAAGUAGCCUACGGCCUAGCCAUCCCCACUGUUCUCAUCGCCGGAAUCGUCAACGGCCAUGUUGCCAGCAAGUAUGUUUACGUCCGCUUAUUCCGUGGCUCGGAACGCAUGCACGAGCGGAGCUUGCUUUCCAUCGGGUCGUGGGUCGCUAUUGGUGUUGUUUCGUGGAUCGUUGCAUGGGUGAUUGCCGAGUCGAUUCCUGUCUUCAACAAUCUACUGAGCCUAAUCACUGCGCUGUUCGGCUGCUGGUUUGCUUACGGAUUCCCCGCGAUAUUCUGGUUUGUCCUGAACAAGGGCUCAUGGUUCGCAUCAACCAAAAAGAUCCUUCUAAGCCUAGCCAAUCUGUUCAUCCUGGCUAUGGCCAUCGCAAUCUGCGGCAUGGGACUAUAUGUGUCCGGUGACGCAAUCAGCCAAGACAGCAACAGCGCUGUUUGGACCUGUGCUAAUAACGCUGACUGA